CGAUGCCGCCGCCAUUGGAAAGUGGGGCGAUCGGUGACGAUUGCUUUAUCAUUUGCUGUUUGGAGCUCAUGUAUCAACCGUUUUACAAAUAAAGCCAGAUCUCAUGGGAUUAAGACUGAACAAAAAUCAUUGCAUUUUGCCAGUACCACUGUACAUUUUUACUUUCUUUUCAAAAACGUUCAACGGAAGUAGUAUUUUCCAGCCAUCAUGUGUCGACGACUCGACACCUUUUUUGUCUUUUUUUUUUAGUGUAGUACACGGAACGUGUUUUCUUAACGUGAAAAUUGGAAAUUUGAGAUUUAUAGUUAUUGGUAGCUGACCGUUGAGCUUGCAACGUGUUUUAUAUUUCGAUUUUCCUGCUAGGUCAAUGAUGCACAGCACAUUUCAUUCAUUAUGGCUAACGCUAGCUUCGAGCUGAGCAAACUUGGUGCUAACGUAUGUUACGUUUUUGCUGGUAUACACGAAACAGCGACAUGUACUGUUACUUUUCGUUUUUAUUUUCAGACAACACAGAUUGCUCGUAAUGAAAGUUAGUUAACUACGGCAACUAUUUAUGGUAUGGUUCUUUCAAACUACCAUGGAUUAUGAACAUAAAGCGAAUGUGGUGGCUGAAUGUUUGCAGGGCUACAGGAACGAUGAAUCCAGUUGGAAGGUCUGCAAAAAAUCGAAUGACGUGGUUGUGUCAUGGCGACCUUCGUCAGAGUUCCCAGGGAAUGUAAUGAGAGCGCUUAAAGAGGAGGAUGCUAUUCAUGUGGCACAGCUUGAAGCAGGCGUCAGGUGCAGGUGGAGAUGGGACUGGCUCAAGUUGGAGGCCUAAACAAAAGGGCAAAAAAAAAAAUGAGUUAUAAAGGUGAGGGAGUCGUAAAUGGCAGCCUGAAGAAAGUAUGGGAGUGUCUGAAACCGAUACCAAAAGGGCUCAGAGUCAAGUGGGACAAUAAUGUGAAAAAGUUUGAACUUUUGGAGCAAAUCACAGAGGACAUCUCCAUCUGCCGAACAGUCACGCCCUCAGCAGCUAUGGGUAUCAUAGCUCCUCGAGACUUUGUAGAUGUUAUUUUAGUUAGGCAAUAUGAAGAUGGCACAAUUUCAUCAAACGCAGCUACUAAUGUGAGUCAUCAGGGCUGCCCCAUUCAGUCUGGCUACGUGAGGGGAUUCAACCAUCCAUGCGGCUGCAUCUGUGUCCCUAUAUCAGCAGAGCCCAACAAAACCCAGGUAUUCACUUUCUUCCAGACAGACCUCGGUGGCUUACUUCCUCGCUCUGUGGUCGACUCCUUUUUCCCCUCCAGCAUGACGGAGUUCUACAGCAAUCUGACCAAGGCUGUUAAGUCUCUCAAAGACCUUUGAAUUUCCAUCCACCCAUUUUCUGGACCGCUCCUCAUGGCUAGGGUGGCGGUUGAGCUGGAGCCAGUCACACGUGUUGCGCCCCUUAAUGGUAGCCCGUCAAUCGCAGGGAUCAUAUUGUCAAGCACCCAUUGUCGUCUUUAGUUAAGCUAAUGUCUUCGGAAUGUGGGAGGAAGCCAAAACAACCGGAGGAGACCCACACAGCGAAACUCUGAGGCAGACACGUGAACCGCGAGGCCAACCGUACUUCCCGCCGUACUUUUGUGUUUGAAAUGCAUUUUAAAGGCCAAGCGCACCGGAAAACCUGAGAUGAGUUUAAUGUUUAAUAUCUCAACAUGUAGGCUACUGUUUUUUUUUUUUUUUCCCCCCCCCCCCCAUCUUAAAAAAAAUGGACUUGUUCACAUCCCUUUAAAAAAUCUUUGUUGUUCCAACUUGAUUGAUCCAGUUAUGUCUGGUUCCUGAGGGUUAAACCCACCAUUAUUUUUUUGACCCAUCAUUAUUAAAUAUUUAUGGAACAUACAUUUUAAUAUAUAGUAAGUGUUUCUUAAUUUUCCUUUUGUAAUUGUCCCAUCUGUAUGCAGUUCUGUCUUUGACUGUCGCUGAACUGUGAUGUUAAACAGUAAAAGGGGUAUUGAAAAAAGGCUAUUUUGAUACAGUCAGAAUUGAAGUUUCUUCGCCUUCGUGUUGCCCUGGUGAUCUUUAUCCUGCGUAGAAAGUAAAAGCUCCGUUAGAUUCCCUGUCUUUGUUGUCGGGCAGAAUCCCCAAAACCAUCACUUUUCCGGAAAGUUUGUUGAGCCAAUAACAAUUGCAUUGUACGGUAAGCCAUUUUCAAAACUUGGAUUGGGCAAUCCUUUGCAAAAAAAAAAAAUAAAAGAAAUAAAUAACAGACCCACGUGGGGACCGAUAAAUGGUAUCGAUUUGCCCCAAUUUGGACACAGGAGGUUUCGACCCGAUGCCAACGCUAUCAAAAGCUGGCUUUUUUGGAGUUGGUGUUCUGCGGGAACGGUACCAACGUGGAAUUGGAUGAUGAUGUGAAGCCUCAAAUCUUCUGUCUUCUGAGCAAAACAUGGGACACAUUUUCAAGUUUAUAAAAUUCCAAUCUGACUUUUCCUUCAAAUAAAUAAAUUACUGCUAUACCCAUGAGAUGUAGUUUUAAAUCGUAACUGUGCAGUGUCGGAAAUCCUGUAGAACAUAUUGAUACUUACUCAUGUAUUUAAGACGUGUAAUAUUGUAACCUCUUCUCUUUUUUUUUAUUUUUAUUUUUUUAUAUACAUGGUUUCUGACGAUAUAUCUUGACUGUUAAGUACUGUCUGCCUGAGAUGCUGUGACCCUGUAAAGUAUACAUCUGUAUGUUGUCAAUGAAGUAUGUUGAGUGUACAUCAAAUAAUUUCAUUUCACACUCAAGUAUUUUGACUUCAUUACAAAUACGUAAUGAAUGCAAAUCCAACGUGUAUUCCUUCGAGGCUGUGUAUGCUAAUCAUGCAACAUGUUACUCGAUUUGAGUAACUUGCUUUUUCUUAGUCGGAAUGCUUAUACCUUGUUGUGCAUGCUUUUCUAAAUACUUUAUGGGCCACUCUGUAACAAACUAGCAUUCGCACAUCUAAAAUAUGUGAAAUAUCUGCAUCUCUGUGUGUCAAUGAUAUGACAAUGGUGCACUGUGGUGUGAAUGAGUAUUUGUUCCAUAGCCGCAGUACAAACAAUUGUGUGCGUUGAAUUUGACUUAAAAGUGUUGUGACGAAAACCCAAGGCCAGCUUGUCAAAGUUCCUUUGCCGACAUCCUGCACGGUGCAUUGGAAAAAUCACACUAAGCGACUUCAAUUUGGAGUCAUGUGUUCACUGUGUAGAAGAUAAACCUUUGUUGCAAGAAGAAAUAGGCUGUGGUAUGUGUUUGCAGUAAAACAACAUUGUUUCAAA